UACUUCUGUCAUUUUUACUACUUCCCCUUUUUCCCUGUCGAAACAACGAUCAAUCCACCCGACGAACACCAAACCACUCGAACUUAUCGUUAUCUGGGGGCUCAGUGCCUUGAGAAACACGGCUCGGACAUACAUACCUGCGCAGCACUUGCGCUUAACGUCAUCCCGUCUGGGAUACCUAUAGCCAUGAAAAAGUUCUGGAACCGGACCGGGGAGGAGACCAACCCGGGGUCGAGUCCGGGUCGGGCGUCCUCGGAGGACGCCCGGCCGGACGAGCACACACGCCUCCUGCCGAAUCGCGUCGAUAGCACCCCCUACCUCUCGCCCGACGACCCUGCCGUGUCGCCGUACAAUCUCUGGACCGUCCGUCUCGUCCGCUGGAUCACGGUCGCGCUGACCUGCGUCACCUUCGCCUGGUGGGUCCUGAUGGUGGUGACGAUCUUCAUCACGCCACCCGGCCUCCAUGUCCGGGGCUCGCCCUUCUUCUCCUUCAGCUACGCUUCGUUUGCGCUUCUCACCCUGAUCGUCUCGCUGCUGUUCUUCUCGGCGCCCAGCAAGCUGGCGAGGAUCCUCAGCAUCGUCAACGCGGCCGUGCUUCUCGUCGACGCCACCCUGAUCCUGGUGGUUCCAGGGCUGCGGCACGCCGAGAUCUGGGUCGGGGUAGCCAGCGUCCUCUGGGCGGCGCUCAUGGCGCUGUGGUUCGUCACCGUCGACCGCACGGUGCAGUGGGGCAAGGCCGAGGAGGAAGAACGCCUGACCGGCCGCCCGGAGAGCAGGCGCACGGUGACGGAGUGGCUGGAGGUCACGCUCUCAACCGUCCUGCUGGCCGUCCUGGCAUGCGUCGUGGUGCUCAUGACGCUGACCCUGAUGCUGCGCGCGAUCGACUCCGGCCUGGCGCCACCCGGCAAGCGAUAUUGGGUCGACAAUGACCGGUACCAGAUCCAUGUGUAUUGCCGCGGCAACAAGACCGACGCGGCUGGGGCCAAGACGACGACGGUCCUCCUCGAAGGUGGUGAGGACCCGGUAGAGCGUGGUUUGUGCCAAUUGGCCGAGAACGCAGUCAAGAACGGGUCGAUUAGCCGGUUCUGCUUCGCCGACCGUCCAGGCAUGGCGUGGAGCGAUGCUGCGCCGUCGCCUUUCUCUGCCAGCAUCGCCUCGGACGCCCUGAGUGAGGCAUUACUUCGAGCCGGAGAAGAGGGCCCCUGGGUUCUCGCGAGUGCUGGGAUUGGCUCCUUGUACUCGCGUGUCUUUAGCUCGCGCCAUGGCGACGACGUUCGCGGCAUCCUGAUGAUCGACCCCCUUCAUGAGGAUUUACUCUCGCGAGUCGGGACCCCUGGGCGCGGGUUUGCCCUCUGGAUCCGAGGCGUCAUUUCACCCGGUGGAAUCGACCGCCUCCUGGGUGCUCUUCUCGGGGGUAGACGGUCUGCCGAUCGAGUUUGGGGCCGUUCUUCAUAUCAGUCAGGGACGACCAUCUUCGCCAAACUCCAAGAGAGUCUCGUGGCCGAAUCGCUCACGAAGAGAGAUGUGGUAUCGAGCCGGGCGAUCCAAAAUAGAGAAACACCACUCGUAUUGAUCAGUUCAGGCCAACAAAUGAAGAAGGACAGGAGCUGGGAGGAAAAGGUUUGUGAUCACGCAGCCCACCCACUAGCUUUGGCUAACGCGACGUAGCAACGCGAUCUCAGCCAUCUCACAGCAAACCUGGUGGACUGGGUGGUUAUCGACGA